UUUUCCUUGCAAGAGGAAAUAGAUGUUGAAAAGUUACGCGUCAAAUUUUGAGGGAAAAAAAGUUCUAAAAUUAUAGAGUAAUCGCUGAUGCUCUCUACAAUUAGGUUUCUUCAAUAUUUCAUGCAUACUAUCCAGAUAUAUGUGUUCUUCCCGGAGGAGCCAAAGGUUGGUGUUAAGACCAUGAGAACUUAUACAGAGCGCAUGAAAAAAGAAGAUGUCUUCCAAGCAAUCCUGAUUGUAAAACAAAAUUUGACUCCCUUUGCUCGUACCUGCAUAAGUGAAAUAUCUAUAAAGUUCCACUUGGAGGUUUUCCAGGAGGCAGAGAUGUUGGUAAACAUAAAAAACCAUGUUCUAAUUCCUGAGCACCAGACACUUACUCUUGAAGAAAAGAAGACCUUGUUGGAAAGAUAUACUGUGAGGUUCGUCUUUGUAAUAUUAUUUCACUUGCUAAAGUUUUCACCUCAUAUAAUACACUAAAUACUGUUGAAGGCAUUUUUAUUGAGCUAGUGUAGUGGAGGUCAAGAGUGAAAGAAUGGAGUAAACUAGAAAAAAACCAAUUUAACAGUUAAUUCAAUGGCUUUGUAUUCCCUUUCAACCCAUUGGGAAUGCGUUUGUUGGAAGGGAUAUAAUUGGAGAUGGAAAAAAGAAGAUAGAACAGCAUUCUUCAUGAUAGUGUUAAAGCCAAUACUGUCUUGUUCCCUUUGUAGUGUAGAAAAAAUUAAGCAUUUUUUCUUUGCGUUUUAUUCUAUGUGAAAGAUAAUCGAAACCUUGUAUCAAUUAGCUAUUUGCCUAUGUUACUUACCGAUAUGUGGUCUGAACUAGUUUUUGAUGUUUUCACCGGUUGAGUGGAUAGAACAGACAAGUAGUGUUAGUUAGUUAUUUGCUUAAGCUUUACCCCUUCAAAAGAGGCGAUUUAGAGUCUCGAGUUUUCUCUACCCAAUCUAACCAUGUAAAAACAGGGACGCUUUACGUUCUUGAAAUGAUAACCAUCUUUUUGUCAACUUA